ACGAUGCCUGGGUCUCUGCCAGUGAAUGCUGAAUCCUGUUGGCCCAAAGAUGUGGGAAUUGUGGCACUGGAAAUAUAUUUUCCCUCUCAGUAUGUUGACCAGACAGAGCUGGAGAAGUAUGAUGGUGUGGAUGCUGGCAAGUACACCAUCGGUCUAGGCCAGGCAAGGAUGGGGUUCUGCUCUGACCGUGAGGAUAUCAAUUCCCUCUGCUUGACUGUGGUUCAGAAGCUCAUGGAGAGGAACAACCUCUCCUAUGAUUGUAUUGGUAGACUAGAAGUUGGAACGGAGACCAUAAUUGACAAAUCAAAAUCUGUGAAGACUGUCCUGAUGCAGCUUUUUGAAGAGUCUGGUAAUACAGACGUAGAAGGAAUCGACACCACCAAUGCAUGCUAUGGAGGCACUGCUGCUCUUUUUAAUGCUAUUAAUUGGAUUGAGUCCAGUUCCUGGGAUGGACGCUAUGCCCUCGUGGUGGCUGGAGACAUCGCUGUGUAUGCCUCUGGAAACGCCAGGCCCACUGGGGGAGCUGGUGCUGUUGCAAUGCUGGUCGGCCCAAAUGCACCAUUGAUUUUUGAGAGAGGGCUGCGUGGAACCCACAUGCAGCAUGCGUAUGACUUCUAUAAACCAGACAUGGUCUCUGAAUAUCCUGUAGUGGAUGGCAAGCUCUCCAUACAGUGCUACCUCAGUGCACUGGACCGCUGCUACACCAUCUAUCGCAACAAGAUCCACGCCCAGUGGCAAAAGGAGGGGACAGACAGACGUUUCACCUUGAAUGACUUUGGAUUCAUGAUCUUCCAUUCUCCGUACUGUAAACUGGUACAGAAAUCUGUGGCUAGACUCCUGCUGAAUGACUUUCUCAGUGACCAGAAUCCAGAAACAGCAAAUGGUGUUUUUAGUGGUCUGGAAGCUUUCAGGGAUAUAAAACUUGAAGAUACAUACUUUGACAGAGAUGUGGAAAAAGCUUUUAUGAAAGCUAGUGCAGAGCUCUUCAAUCAGAAAACCAAAGCUUCAUUACUUGUAUCCAAUCAGAAUGGAAAUAUGUACACCCCUUCAGUCUACGGUUGCCUUGCCUCUCUUCUAGCCCAGUACUCCCCAGAGCAGCUCGCGGGACAGAGAAUCAGCGUGUUCUCAUAUGGCUCUGGUUUUGCUGCUACCCUGUAUUCCAUCCGGGUCACACAGGAUGCCACUCCUGGUUCUGCACUGGACAAAAUAACUGCCAGCCUUUCUGAUCUCAAAACAAGACUCGACUCAAGAAAAUGUAUUGCGCCUGAUGUCUUUGCUGAAAACAUGAAGCUCAGACAGGAAACACAUCAUUUGGCCAAUUAUAUUCCACAGUGUUCAGUCGAGGAUCUCUUUGAAGGAACAUGGUACCUUGUGCGUGUGGAUGAAAAACACAGGAGAACUUAUGCCCGGCGCCCACUCAUGAGUGAUGGACCUCUGGAAGCAAGAGUUGGAGUUGUCCACCCAGGCAUUGUUCAUGAGCACAUCCCAAGCCCUGCUAAGAAAGUGCCAAGAAUCCCUGCAACAACAGAAUCUGAAGGCGUUACUGUCGCCAUUUCCAAUGGGGAGCAUUAAGAUACCUCUGUGAGGUGGGGAAAAGAAAUGAGGUGUGAGGGCAGGGUGAGAGAGAGAGAAAAAGGAUUGCAGUAGCACUGAAGUUUCAGUGUACAGUAACGCUUAAAUGGAGCAUGAAAAAACUUACUUAGGCUCCUUGAAAAAAAUCAUCAUAAUACAGUGUACUGAUUUUAUAGUAUUUUCAGAACACUAAAAUCAGGAGUAUAUUGGAGAUAGAGGGACUUGCCAGGUGCUGUGGGGAUUCCUUAACAUAUCUGAACUUUUUUUAUUGCUGAGAAGUAUCUGUGGUCUAUUGCAAAGUCUUCGUACACAGAAAGGAAGAAAAAAGAAGGAAUCUUCUGCCUGCUCUUCCAUGUCAAAUGACUUGAAACCUACACUGUUAACUACUAGUACUCAAGUGUGUGCAAAAUAGUCCAAGCUUUUAGUGUUAGGGUUCUCAGUGCCUUGACAAUAAGCAGUCAACCUUCUGAAUACUGCAAUUCUCUUUCACUUUGUCACCUUCCCUUUCAU